AUGCAAAGAUUGGCUAACCAGUUGCCCGAUGCGUUCACAGAUACGAAAAGGGUGACGAAGUCCUAUAUCCCCGCUGCUAAUGCUCCAUCAAAAAUAGAAGUUCCUCAUGAACAUUUUGAUGUGAAUAGAGCAAGUGAACCGGUUCAAUUAAAGCGCGGGAGGCCUAUAGGAUCAAAGGAUAAAAAUCCCCGAAAGAAAAAGAAUUGUGGAGUAAAGGUUCCUGAUGAACCGAAAUGUCUUGAAGACAUUUCCGAACAGGUUCUUGUAGAACCUGAUAAAGAGGUUCGUCAAGAUGACGAACCAGAGACAGAAAAAUUUGAGAUCUCCAUCUCCUUCGCCCAAAGUGGAAAAAUAUGGGUAGAAGUGAAAUAG